GACCUUGAGCUGCCGCCGCCGCAGCCGUUGCGACCGUCGCAGCGGGGUUCCAGAGGCCCGGGAGGUGGGAGACUUCCCAUUCGGUGACUGAGAUGUCGUCCACCGCGGCUUUUUGUCUUCUGUCGACCCUGGGGGGGUACUUGGUGACCUCGUUCUUGUUGCUUAAAUACCCGACCUUGCUGCACCAGAAGAAGAAGCAGCGAUUCCUCAGCAAACACAUCUCUCACCGCGGAGGUGCUGGAGAAAAUUUGGAGAAUACAAUGGCGGCUUUUCAGCAUGCUGUUACAAUUGGAACUGACAUGCUAGAAUUGGACUGCCACAUCACAAAAGAUGAGCAAGUUGUAGUGUCACACGAUGAGAAUCUAAAGAGAUCAACUGGGAUCAAUGUAAAUGUCUCUGAUCUCAAGUAUUGUGAGCUCCCAUCUUACCUGGGCAAACUGGAUGUCCCAUUUCAAAGAGCAUGCCAGUGUGAAGGAAAAGAUACCCGAAUUCCAUUACUGAAGGAAGUUUUUGAGGCCUUUCCUAAUACCCCCAUUAACAUCGAUAUCAAAGUCAACAACAAUGUGCUGAUUAAGAAGGUUUCAGAAUUGGUGAAGCAGUAUAAGCGAGAACACUUAACAGUGUGGGGUAAUGCCAGUUACGAAAUUGUAGAAAAGUGCUACAAAGAGAAUUCAGAUAUUCCUAUACUCUUCAGUCUGCAACGCGUUCUGCUUAUUCUUGGCCUUUUCUUCACUGGCCUCUUGCCUUUUGUGCCUAUUCGAGAGCAGUUUUUUGAAAUCCCAAUGCCUGCUAUCACAUUGAAGUUAAAAGAACCACGCACCAUGUCCAGGAGUCAAAAGUUUCUCAUCUGGCUUUCUGAUACAUUAUUAAUGAGGAAAGCUUUAUUUGACCACCUCACUGCCCGAGGAAUUCAAGUGUACGUUUGGGUAUUAAAUGAUGAACAAGAGUAUAAAAGAGCUUUUGAUCUGGGAGCAACUGGAGUCAUGACCGACUAUCCAACAAAGCUUAAGGAUUUUUUACAUAAUUUUCCAGCAUAGAAAAAGGUACUAGGGUAUACUCAGAGAAGUCACGGAAAGACCUAAGAAUAUAUAACCAUCAUUUCCCUAAGAUAGUUCCAGAAUGAUAAUGGUUUAAUCAGUUAAGUUUUGAUUACCUCAUUUUUAAGCCUGUAUGAGAAUGUAGAAACUAUAUAUUGUAUAUUUAUUUUAAACAAUACGGCAUAUUUCACACUUGUAAAUUGUUUAGAAAGAUAACUGGUUUGAAAUGUGAGUAGAUUAUUGAUGAAGGUAUCUGUAUAUAAUGCAGUAUUCUACUAUAAUUACUUCCAAAAUCAAAGACUGUUGGAUUAAUUUGCCAUUAGUCUUGAUUGGAAUAAGACCAACUAAUUUAGUAAAAGAAAGUUAUUGAAGGCCAUUGCAGCUGUUCUGCACUGUCUCAUUAUGUCUAGAAACAUCUUAGUUAAAAAAAAGAAAGAAAAUACAAUGGAAGAAGAGCUUGAAAAUCAAUAUUAGCCAGGAGUGGUGGCAUACACUUUUGAUCCCAGCACUUGGGAGGCUGAGGCAGGAGGAUCACCUC